AUGUCCGAUACAUUUAUUGACAAAUUCAAUGCGGAAUGCCAUGGCUAUUUGAAAUCGGAAUUAAAUAUACGUUUAUUGUCAUUAUCAUCAGCAAAAGAUAAAUCUACAGCAUCCGAAUACUAUUUUGCAGAAUAUCAACGGUGUUUGAGUGAACAAAUGAAUUUCGUUAAUUACAUAACUGAACAACAAGCCUCCUUGGAUACUUUGAAAUCGUGCGAAGCGACGAUCGAUGCGUUUCUCGAACGAUUAAAAGCCGUUCAUGAAUACGAAUUAAAGCAGAAUGAUCUUUUCGAACAAAUCUUAAAUGAGCUAACAACAAUGAAUCCAUCCGGUAAAGCAGAACGCCUUCGCCUAUUAGAACAAAUCGAUGAUCUUAUCGCAGCAAAAGCCAAAUUAACAGGUAGUAUGAAUGAUACUAAUCCAUCAACAAUGCAACUCGCAGCUAAAUCGAGCGAUACAUUUAAGAAUAUUUUUAUAGCUUUUCAAGAAAAGAAAAAUGUAUGCAAUGAAUUUAUUGUAGACGAAUGUGAAAUGGGAGUUUUCACUCGAUACUACUUUUUAAGUAAGCCUGUUCUAAUCUGUGCAACAACUGGUCUGCUGUGGGCAAGAUUCAAUCAGGAGAGCGAUGUAUAUAAAGAAGAAUUGAAGAAGACUAUUGACAACGUCGAUCUUCUCUGUCAAGCGUAUAAAGAAAAACAAGGCAUUCCUGGUGUGAGCAUCGGUGUUACAAUGCACGGAUCAGCUGUUUGGAAAAAAGGCUUCGGUUUGGCCGAUAUUGAACAACGUGUUCCAUGUACAUCGAGCACAGUUAUGCGUAUCGCAAGCAUCAGUAAAACAUUUACAACUGCUAUCGCUGCACAAUUCGUGGAAAAAGGUAAACUCAAUUGGGAUGACACAAUUGACAAACACCAUCGUGAACUACCAAAGUUUUUGUACGAUAAUGUACUUGUCUCGAUUACCAUACGUCAGUUAGCAACACAUACCAGUGGUAUACGUCAUUAUUGGAAGAAAGGUGAAGUUGAAACUGAUGAUGAAUUCGUUCUACCUGAAUAUUAUCUAACACGUUCAUACCCCACCGUCAGCGAAGCCCUUUCGAUAUUUCUUCACGAUGAAUUGCUGCAUCAACCUGGUUCAUCUUGGCGUUACACGACACAUGGAUAUACAUUGCUGAGUGCUGUAUUGGAAUGUAUAUCGGAUGGUAAACGAGCAUUCCCUGCCCUUUUACAAGAUUUGAUUAUCAAGCCACUUGAUUUACGACAUACCAAACUAGAAUAUCCAGAUGAAAUCGUACCAAAUCGUAGCCGAUAUUACUGUCGUCGUACAGUCAAAGAAGGUUUACGUAACGUCGCCUACGUUGAUUUAUCAUAUAAAUGGGCUGGUGGUGGAAUGCUUUCGAAUGUGAACGAUUUACUUGUUUACGCCAAUACUCUUUUACAAUGUUACCAAACGAAAUCGACUCGUUCAGAAUCAACUCAGUCAUUUUUAAAAGCAGAAACGAUUGCUGAAAUGUGGUCGCCAAUAGCCGUUACAAAUGAUAAGAAUACUUUCUAUGGUUUAGGAUGGAUGAUUUCCAAAGAACGAACAUCUGCUGUGCAUGAAGAUGCGAUUCCAUUUCACGUUUAUCAUACGGGUGGUGCUGUUGGUGCGACAUCAGUUCUCUUAAUUAUUCCAUGUACAAAGAAAUGUUCAAAUCCUCGUUGUGGUAUAUGUGUUGUCAUAUUAGCGAAUCUUCAAAGUGCACGUGGUAUCUAUCAAACAGCUUUAGAUAUUGCCUUACUAUUUCGUCAAAUAUCUCCCUGUUCAAGUAAAUAUAGACAGUGA